UUUAGGAGGCAUGUGGCUGUGUUGGGACUCCAGUAUCUACUAUGUUGUGGCCCGCAAUGUAUCCCAGUAUGCAUCUUGAAAAGUAGUAAGCAACUAUGAUCACUAGAUAAUCAAAUGUACUCUACUGUGUAUUCAACGAUGAAAUGGACCAAAACAGAAAAAUAACUUUCUGUUUUGGGGUAUUUGUUGUUUGGCACGUUGUAGAUUUAAUAUAGGUAGAGCGAUCCAACACAAAUAGACAUAAAGGGCAGAGUAACACUGUUCUCUUAUGCAAUCCUGGCACAUUUUGGUGACAAAAAGUGGACUCGACUGGUCUAAGUUGUGGCGCAGGUGUUGUCAUGUGAUUUCGGUGAGGCGGAUUUUGCUGUUGUGUGGUGCACGUGAUCGUAUUUCAUUCAUAAAUAUGACAUCAGCGUGCAUCGAACCCUCCGAAUUAUUGUGGAAAUCAAUUCGUUGAAUGCAUAAUUAAAAGCAACCUUGUACUGCGGCACAACUGACGCAUGUGUGUGUCGGGGGGGGGGGGGGGCGUGUGAUCAAGGUUUGGCAGGAAUGACUGAAUCAUUUACUUAUACCCUACUCCCUAAUCACAAUAUAAGAAUUUUUAGGGGGAAUCUGUCAGUAAACUAUGUAGUGAAUCCUCAUGUAGAGCUCUGGGAGUAGGGAUAGAGUGAACAUGUCUCCCCAAAGUGCCUUUAGAGGAGGGACCUCUCCUUACCGACUGUUUGUUGCCACUAUGGACAGCAUUGUGGCUUCCACGAGGCCAGAUGAAUCGUGGCAGCCUGGCCGGCUCGACAGGCGUGAUUCACUGGCAACUUUUGGCAAUGGGCUUUAAUGAUUUCACCAUGUGACGGCGUUACAUGUAAUGUAGGUCAAGGAAAGGACUGAGGUUUUCCGCAGGGCCGUUCCAGAACAAGUGUGGAAGUCUGCUCCCCUGCGGACAUGCUUCAUACUUGAAUCGUGGGCGUGUGCGCGCUUGACCAGUAAGACGCGGUUGGCCCGGACACUUCUGUGUGCGUGGAGGUUUUUCACUCCAGACGGAUGUAGACUGGGAACGGGCUGCCUUGUUUCGGAACCCUACUCUAAUGAGGCCAGCCAGUCUCCCUUUCAUCCAGUCAGAAAUAGGACUGCGCUGUGGUCCGCUUUUGUCCCUCAAUCAGCAACCGACUGUUCCCUGGGAGCUUUUAAAGUCGGACAAGGGUCCCGCGGCAGCUGAAAGCAUGAAGCAACACUGUGGCUGAUCCAUGACACGAAACUCCGCCCGCCCUCUGCAUCCGACCGGACAAUCAAUCACUCACUUUUCCAUCUCCGCAAAGCUACGCGAUGGCCAGCAAGAGGAAAUCCACCGUACCCUGCAUGAUACCAUCCAAAUCCAAACAUGUGCGGGAGGAAAUUUUCCUGGGCUCGCUGCCAGAACUCCUACCCACGAUCCCGGAAGACGGCAUCCUCAGCAUCUCCGGAGAAGAGUCUGGCCACGUCUCUCACAAGUCAUCCAAAUCCGGAUGCAGCAGCGAGGUGCAGAAAGGAGGCACGUACGCCUGUCCCCCGUGCUCUUUCGAGUCCAGAGAUUUGAACUACUUUUUGGAUCACAUGCACAACUACCACCUGGACUUCAGGGCCCAGCCCACUUUCUACUGCCUGAACUGCGCCGUCUCGGUCGUUCGCUUCGAGGCUCUGGCUCUGCAUAACGCCAACACUCAUCCGAAGAUCAUGGAGGGCUCGACGACCGCCUCGCUGAGCGUCAACAAGAGGGACGGCCUCACCACAGUGGAGCAAAGCCUCUUCACCGACAACGGCGACCACUACCGGGAAUCCGGAAUCUCCCUCUGCAAAACCCCCAUUGCCAAGAUGAUGAGAGCCAAGGGAGAGCACAAAAAGAUUGUAGUAUCUCACACCGUGGAAGUAUUGAAGAAAGCCAGUGGGACCGAUGCAGAGCCCAGCAUGCUGACAAAUGUGCCUGAACUCCAAAACGGGGCUCUCAGUCUUUCUGGCGCCCAAGCUAUGCCGAGGACAGCUGUCGGUCACGUGACUGCGACGACGGUGUCCAACCAAGUCUUUCACCAGCACAUUCCCUCCCUGUACUCCCCGCCUUGCUCGGAUUCCAAUAAAGACCUUCCAAAGGUGAUGAUCCCCCUCAGCAGCAUCCCCACCUACGAUGCCGCCAUGGACACCAGCAGCUUUCUAAAGACAUCCUUUGGCAAGUUCCCUUACCCGACCAAAGCUGAGCUCUGCUACCUGACGGUGGUGUCGGAGUUCCCCGAAGAGCAAAUCAAACUGUGGUUCACGGCCCAAAGACUCAAGCAGGGCAUAAGCUGGUCUCCGGAGGAAAUAGAAGAGGCCAGGAGGAAGAUGUUCAACACGGUGUUCCAGGGCAGAGCACCCCAAAAGCAAGCUGCCGCACAGCGUCAUGUCAAUCACAUUGUUACUCACCACACCGUAACGGCCCCUUCGGCUUCCAGAGGACCAAACUUCACCAUGGCUGAAGUCCCCUAUGGCGGAGUGAGAGCCAGGCCCAUCGGAGGCAUCGCCAAGCAGGCCAGCAUGUCAAGCAACCCCCAGGUGACGAGGCUCUCCUACUCCACUCCGCUUCUCGCUCAGAAGGUUCCGUCCCUGGUCAGGACGAUGGCCAUGCCGACCAGGAAUAUUCAGCAAGCCGGCGAGCCGGAGAAGAGCGGCCACGGGGCGGAGGCGGCGUGUCGCAGCAGCAGUAGCAGCAGCACUUGCAGCAGUAGCAGCAGCAGCAUGGCCGGCUAUUCCAGCGGCGCUCCUAGUGCUGAGAAUGCUUCCUGGAAAAACGGGAACAACAGCAGCCCCGCCGACGGCAUCCCCAGCUUCGCUGCCUGCUCCUCCAAAGUUAGCAAUAACGAUUUGCACUAUGUUGCCACUACCCCCAACGACAAGACACGCAACAGUUUAGUGGCGCCACCGGAAGGCUUCGUGGAAAACACCAGCAACACCAAUCACAACAAUCAUAACAGCGCCGCCGCCGCCGCCGCCAUGGCUCCUCAAGAGCAGGCUGACACCUCGAGGAAGGACGAGCAGCGGCGCAUCAAUCAGAGCAGCGACAGCAGUAUUAGCAAUGAGCAGCGCGCCACCAAAGAUGGCGCUCCCCACCUGAACCACGCCAGCACUUCCCCGACUCAAAGCACCACCAGCACCGCCGUCAUCACGCAAAGCAGCUCGGCCGCCACGGACGACGGCAAACGCAGCAGGGAGUUAAGCAUCAAAGGCAUGUCAAUCUUGCAGCAACUUAUCAAGGACGACGACCAUUUUACCCGAAACAGAAGUCGCUCGCAGCAAAAAAUUGAACCCAUCAAAAUCAACUUCAAGAGGCUGAAAAUGAAUGAAAGCGAGAGCGCCUCCGAGACCGCGCAUCAGGAACACAGGUCGGAGAUCGCCGAAGGGUCCUUCUCGCCCCCCUGGGCCAACAAGAACGCCCAGCAGCUGCGCAUCCUCCGCCAGGCUUUCUCCGGCGCACGCUGGCCCAACAGUCAGCAGUACGAGGAGCUGAGCGUACGGACUGGCCUGCCCAAGUCCGAGGUGGUGCGCUGGUUCAGCGACAGCCGCUACAGUCACAAGAACGGGCAGCUCAAGUGGCUGGAGAGCUACCUGCAGCCGGCUCUAGAUGCAGAGGAGGCCGGCGGCAGGGGAGACCUCCAAGCCACACUGCAGAUGAAGCAGCAGACAGCUGCCAAACAGAAACAUCUUGACGUGAACAAAGCCCUCCAAGGAGAGGGCGAAAUAAACACUGACCAGCGGCUUCGAUGGCAGGAUUUCAACUCGCCGCUGCACGCGCUGAUGGCGGCCGAGGGAAGCGGCGAGCUCAUCAGAGCUGAGACAUCCGACCAGCCAGGAGUCUUGAAGGACGCCUGGCCGGAAAGGGACCGUCAGCAGCAGCAGCAACAGCAGCAGCAGCAGCUAACUGCCACUCAGCCAAUUAUUGAACAACCCAAUGAUGCCAAUCAGACCAGGGAUCGCCUGAGGAUGGAGCUGCUGGAGGUGUGAUGAAGUCGCCGACGUACGAGGCUGGUUCGCUCCCGAAAUGAGUGUUUGUAAUGACAGCAAAUGUGAUUGUAGCUGGACCGUAAGACUCUGACUGUAACUGUGAAUACCCCCCACCCCCCCUUCUCCUUCUCCUCCUUCUCCCAUCCUCUUCCUCCUCCAUCUGCCAUCACUUCCUCCCAUGUCAGAAGAAAGAACUUCUCACCUUCUUCAGUCCUGUGAUGUUUCAGCCUUUCAUGCUUCUUUGUGGUCGUGUGGGGAGGGUGCACAAUGAGGUCAGUGUGAGGGAUCAAAGAAAAGAAAGAGAAGACGCACACUGACUGGAAAACUGACUUGAAUGAACAAAAAUAGGACGGGAUAAGGCCGAGAGAUAAUGUUUUGGGGUCAGCGCCGGAAAUCUAUAUACAGUAUAUGAUCGAAACUGCACUAUAAAAACGGGGUUGUACUGACUGAAUGGACAAAAGAUGUGUCAAAGAAAUGUUAUUGUUGGCUUUGUGAUAUUUUUUACUUUUUUAGCAACCAGUACUUCAGCACUGCCUUGACUUUGACGUUUUUUUUUUUUGCUUUUAUGUUCCGAUUCUCUUUACUUUUCUAGUCACUGUAAGUCCAGAUGCAAUCAAACAUGUUUUAUUUAGACCUGUAUCAAUGUUGGUGAUCACUUUGUGGUUCGGCUACACGCAAGAGACUAUAACAAUGCACUAAUGAAGACAGCAAUGCUCAAAAUCCCACUGCCCCACUGCAAAGGUAUUGACAGCUUUGCCCGGAUCAAUAACCUUCAAAGCCCUUGCAAGCUGAACAGAGACAAGCCUGUCACGCUAACGUUGCCUUACUCAGCUCUGUCUAUGUGUUUAUGGCCUGUUUGUCGCAUCAGCUCGCUUUCCAGCUACUGCGCUUUCUGUAAAAAGUUCAAGAAAAAAAAAAAAAAAAAAAAGCAGAGAGGGGGGAGAGAGAAAAAAAAAAAAAGCCAGUGCAUCAAGGAUCGCUCGCUGUUGGUCUCUAUCUGUGAAAAAUCGUGUGCUGCUUUCUGUACACUUUGGAGAUGUUUUAAUAUGAGCUGUAACUGUAAUAUUGUAUCAAAUCUUGUGACUGGCCAAUUGUCUUUUGAAAGCUAAAUUACCAAUUGGAUCUUUUGACACUGACAGAGUGAGAUCUGGAGCUAGCUAGAGAGCCAAAUGGGGAGAAAUUCUCUUCGGAAUUUUCUUGUUUAUAUAAACAUACAGUCACUACAUGGAUAUCCUAUUAAGCUGCAUCCUUGUCAAGCUGCUAAUAGCUAAGAACGGUGCUAUACCAUCCAAAGUGAAAUUGGAGGUUCAUCUCCUACCAGCAGUGUGUGCACUUGUGUCGAAUGUUACAAAUUUAUUUUGGUUUGAGAUAAAUAAAAUCUGGACUUACGGUGAAAUGAUCGCUUACAAAAAAAAAAAAAAAAGAACUUUUAUGAAAUAGCCUGAUCAUAAAGCACUGUUGUAUCAUCCUUUCUACACUUUCUCUGAAUCUUUACAGAAUAAACUGAAUACUCACCAA